UGUUCUCAGGCCCUCCGCGCGCACGGCAACCGUUCCACCUGCGCGCCUUCGCGCUCGCCGCCCACUCUUGUCCGGUUCUGCGCCGGCGCGGGGCCGGCUAGGACGCGCGGGGGUUUUGCGAGACGCAUGCGUAGUGCGCUGCCCGCCGCUUCGCUGUCGACCGGGAACCGCCGUUGCCGCCUCCCUACCGGCAAGUGCUAGAAGGGGAGCCGAGGGUCGCUGCCGCCGCCGCCACCGCCACCAUGGGGAGAAAGUCGAGCAAGGCCAAAGAGAAGAAGCAGAAGCGAUUGGAGGAGAGAGCGGCCAUGGACGCGGUCUGUGCCAAAGUGGAUGCAGCCAACAGGCUUGGAGACCCUCUGGAGGCAUUCCCAGUCUUCAAGAAGUACGACCGCAAUGGGUUGAAUGUCUCCAUUGAAUGUAAGCGAGUGUCUGGAUUGGAGCCAGCCACUGUGGAUUGGGCCUUCGACCUGACCAAAACCAAUAUGCAGACGAUGUAUGAGCAAAGUGAGUGGGGCUGGAAGGACCGAGAAAAACGGGAGGAAAUGACCGAUGACCGAGCCUGGUACCUCAUUGCUUGGGAAAACAAUUCCAUCCCAGUUGCCUUUUCUCACUUCCGAUUUGAUGUGGAGUGCGGGGAUGAAGUCCUGUACUGCUAUGAAGUGCAGUUGGAAAGCAAGGUGCGACGGAAAGGCCUAGGGAAGUUCCUCAUUCAGAUCCUACAGCUCAUGGCCAACAGCACACAGAUGAAGAAGGUGAUGUUAACUGUUUUUAAACACAAUCAUGGCGCCUAUCAGUUCUUCCGGGAGGCACUUCAGUUUGACAUUGAUGACUCUUCCCCCAGCAUGUCUGGUUGCUGUGGGGAGGACUGCUCCUAUGAGAUCCUGAGCCGGAGGACCAAGUUUGGGGACAGUCAGCACUCCCACACGGGCGGGCACUGUGGUGGCUGUUGCCACUGAACUCCUAGAACCACUUGCAAGGGAAGUCACUCUCCUUAGGCCUGUCCUCUCCCCUGGUCUUAUGCUACUUGCCAGUUCUGCAUGAGCCAGGCCUAUCCUGAGAACACAGAACCCUGGGGAGCAGUGACCCCACUGCCUUUCCACCUCCCUCCUGGAAAAGCAAGAGUGCCAGGAGGGAGCACCGAGGACAGGGUGCUGCGCGGAUGACAGCUUGGCCAUCAAGCCCAGCCUUGUGUAGUAACUGCCUCCUUACUUAGUUCUUGGGCUCCUAAAAUGGAAGGCUCCCUCUGGUCUGCAUCUGGAUUCCUGACAGGGCUGCACACCAUGCCCCAUACGGACAAAUGGAAUGUUCAUACUCAGUUUGUAAAGGCCUGGGGUUUGCUGGUCCCCAGAAAGGACUGGAUGCAAAUCUGGGCGCACAGCGCACCUUGGACAUCUUUUCUCUGUGGACAAAGUGCUCUUUCAAAGACCAUGCAGCCCUUGAUGUUAAGGUGCAGGGGUUUGCGCCGUGAUCUUAUAGAUCCACAGGGUAGCAUCUCAGGGGACCAGUCAACUUCAGGAGGGAGUCUGCCUCCAUCACUAUCAGUAAGGCAGAGAAGACCAGGAAGAGCUUCACUUACAUGUUUGUCAUAGGGAUAUAGCCUCUCUGGGCCUUUGGACUUUGCUGCAUUUUCAUGAUCUUGACUUGACCUUUUUAUUCAAGAAGGAAGUCAAAGUCCUGCCUGUUCUCACACCUCCUUCUCAGUCCAGAUACCUCUGUUCUUAGUCUCAAGGGGAGUAACAUCAGGGAACCCCUCGUCUUCCCCCAGAAUAUGAAUCCAUUUCUUCCUGUUCUUGGUGCUGAUAGUUCUCUGAAGGUAGGGUGCUUCCCUGCCACCCUCCCUGCCUGAGGAGCCCCAGCCAGCAGCAGGCCCCUUUGCCUGUUCUCCCUAGCCCCAUCCCUCACUGCCUCAAUGAGGCACUCAUGCAAUUGUCUUGGCUUCCCCGGGAUGCCUUUCAGUGGCCACCACUGCUUUCCUGUCAUGGGUGUCACCCUGCAGUGGCAGGCUAGAGCCAGAAGGCCUUCCUCCUCAGGGGAUGCAGGCUCAGAACGUGAACUUGUUCUGACCUCUGGAUCCUAUUCUUCAAGGAAGCAAAACCAAAUCCUCACCUAGGAAAACACACUUGCCACUUCUCCAUUGCCAUCCCCGAGUUCCGCCUUGGGAGGCAUGUGAGAGAGCUUGCCUUUGUGCAGUUGCUCUUUGAGACUCUGAUCCUGACCUCAGAGUCUGCUCACCUGACCCCCUGCUUGACUCAGGCUAUCUGUUGUGGCAAGUCUCCUCAAAGCAGUCACCACCUCUCACCCAGAUCCUUGGCUUGUGCAGUAGCCUGGUCAUAGAGGGUCCUUUCUUACCUGGUCUGUCCUCUGUUGAGCACCCCAAGGCCUUGGCCUUGCCUUGGAGAAGGCCUUGCAGCAGCUUACACUGGAAUAGGUCUACCUUUGUCUGGCUUGCUAGCUUCUGGGGGAGCUAUACCUCUGGUGAGAGUUGAGGCUGCCCAGAGGGAAUUAGUAGGCUCCUUCCAAGAAUCAUGAAAUAGGAACAUGCUUGGAAGAGUUCUUUCCUGAUCUUUGUCUUAGAUCAUGAAUCUCUGAUACCUCCCACUUAGGGGUCCAGAAGGACCCCCCAGUGUAAACCCAUGUGAGGUGAAUUGAGUGUCUUGUCUCCAGUUACUGGACACACAGCACCAGGACUCUUAUGGUGCUCAGUGCCUGCCCUGUUCCCCACCCUCUGCAGGCCCCAUCCCAAAGGGCCCUUCAGGAUCUUUCACUGGACCCAAGGGAUGCUGGCCAAGACCAGAUUACUCCUGUGGGUGUUAAGCCCAGUGGUUUAUCAGGCAUCUUCCUUCUUCCACCACCCUCUUGAUUUUGAGAAACAGCAGGUCUAGUCUACUGUACCAGGCUCUUUGGUUUUUUGUUCCAGGUGUGUUAAAAUGGUUUUAAAGGUUUUUGUUUUGUUUUAGUGAACCUAUUCCAUUUCAGGUUAUUUUUGUUGAUGUUUAAUGUGUAUGGUUCUUUUUAACCCUUUCUGGAGGUUUGGGGGGUAUUUUUGUUUUUAAGAUCAAAGUUGGAAGGUAAUUUUUUUUUUUUUUCCUAGCAGCUUGUUAUCACUGGAAGCAAAGGGGAAAAAGUCUCUUUGUAUCCAUUUUAUUUGUAUGUCAUUAAUAAAAAGAUACUUUGUUCAGA